ACUGCAGCAUACACAGUCCAAAAAACAUGUUUACGGGUAAUGCACAAUGGAGAAACAGAAGAGGAGACUGUGGCAUCGUGGUGUGUUAGGGUUUAACAUUAGCUAAUACAUGUACAUAAGGUUGCUGCGACUGAAAUGGACGAAGGAGGAAAUAUUACAUAUAUUUUACAACGACGACGCUCGCUGCUAAAGUAGAGGUGGGCAGGAUGGGGGAGCCGGCCGUGAGCAGCGCCGUGGCUGCGAUCUCGCCAGUGCAGCAGAUGCUGGCCUCUGGCACCGGAGCCCUCCUCACAUCUAUUUUUGUCACUCCGCUGGACGUUGUGAAGAUCAGGCUGCAGGCUCAGCAGACGCCGUUCCACCAAGCUUUAGCCUCUGAAUCUGCUCCGUGGGGUGGUGUCAUCCGCCCGUCCAAGUGGAAGUGCUUCCUGUAUUGUAACGGGCUGAUGGAUCACAUCUAUGUCUGUCAGAACAACACCAGCUGCACCAGUUGGUACAAAACGCCGACACACUUCAGUGGGACUCUGGAUGCUUUUGUGAAAAUCAGUCGUCAUGAAGGGCUCAGGUCUUUGUGGAGUGGGCUCCCACCAACACUGGUUAUGGCAGUACCGGCCACUGUCAUCUACUUCACCUGCUACGACCAGCUGCAGGACUUCCUUAGAUACGGUCUGGGUUUCCAGGGAAGCCACAUACCCCUUGUUGCCGGAGGUCUUGCAAGAUUGGGAGCUGUGACAGUGAUCAGCCCUCUGGAGCUGGUGAGGACAAAGAUGCAGUCACGUCGGCUGUCAUACAGAGAGCUGGCGGUGUGUAUCCGCUCGUCUGUGGCCCAGGACGGCCUCCUGUCACUGUGGAGGGGCUGGGGACCCACCGUCCUCAGAGACGUCCCCUUCUCUGCUCUGUACUGGUUUAACUAUGAACUGGUGAAGGCUCAGCUAUGUGAACAAGCCCGAAUGCCUCAAGCCAACUUCUCCAUCAGCUUUACAGCAGGAGGCAUCUCUGGAGCUAUUGCCGCCAUCCUGACGCUGCCUUUUGACGUGGUGAAGACUCGCCGACAGAUCCAGCUGGGAGAGAUGGACACUCUGGGAGAGCCUUUGAAGAGAACCACUUCCACAUGGCACAUAAUGAAAGAAAUAAGGACUGAAGUGGGCUACAGGGGCCUUUUUGCAGGUUUCAUGCCCAGGGUGAUCAAAGUGGCCCCUGCUUGUGCCGUUAUGAUAAGCACAUAUGAAUUUGGAAAGGCCUUCUUCCAGAAGAUGAACCUUGAUCGAGAGCGGCUUACAUCUUGAAGGCUGCCGGUGUGACGCUGGAUGUUUUCCCAGUAGGAGAAAAAGACUUUUAUUAUCAGGACAGUUGGGGACAAGGCCUUUCUUAAACUGAAUCUUGAUGAACAGGAUUUUUUGGGGGGAGUUUCUUUUUAAGUGAAGAAGAGGAUUCAAGCACAUUUCUGAUUUUUAGGAUGCCGCUUCCUGCAAAUCCGUUCUCCGUUUGAAAUGUUACUGCGGUAAGACUUUAAACGCAGCCUCGAACCUUGAACGCAACACGGAAUUCGACUUACAGACGUGGACACUGAUGGGAGAAUCCGGGACCACAGACUCUAUGUGUGUGCUGAUUAUUUGAGUAAAUGUUGUAUGGUUGUCAUAAAGGAAACGAAAAAGACUUGUACCAAAUAUUUUCAAAGACACGGAUCACAACUUAAGUGCACGUCAUGAUAUAAGUCCUGUGACAAUUCAAUUAUUGUCCUUUACAUUCAAAACCCACUACGGACAAUCAUUCAUGAUCAAGACACUGAACUCCUCAAUGAGUUAAAAUGACAUGAUUCUUGAUCUUUGCAGGACUGUGGUUUAACGAGUAAUGCUUAACGGGAAAAAUCUAAAAACUCUGCAUCAGUAAUUUAGUAUGAGUUUAAAGAACAUGUUCUCCUUCCCAUUGUUUGUAUUGCCUGACAAACUGCAUGGAGUAUACAACUCAUUUCAAUACAGAAUCCAGACAUCAGCUUUACAGCAUUACUCUGCAUUCCUGCGGCAGUGAAACAUAAUAUAUUUGACUUUUAUCUACUAAGUAGAUGACGGACAAAUCUGUUUUGUGAUGCUGGAUAAGUUCAAAAAACAUUGGUUGCACUUUACAUUGACAAAACAUGAGUUGUGUAAUGCAAUCAUACAAAAAAGGUUGUUAUGUCUGUUGAAUGUACGCCUCUUUUUCUGUUCUCAUGACUGGAGGAAAGCCAUAGUAUUUGACAGAGAUUAUAAUUCUUCAAACAUAAUGAAAGCCUGUUAAUGCAUGAAUUUAGCAGUUUAUGCUAUGAUUAUAGUGCAACAGCAACAAUGUUCAACAGCUGUGAAAACCUCUGCAACCAGCUUCACAAAUAUCACACAAAUGUUCUCGAAGAUUUGCCAAGGCAUGGUGGUGCAGACAAAGUGGAAAAACAAAAAAAAGGCUUUCCAGAUUUCCCUGCGUGGCACGUUGGCGUUAACUUACUUCUGUGUUUCUUUGCCUGCAGUGGAGACUUUUAUUACAACUUGUUACAACACUGGAUCAUAAAACAAAAUAUCACCGCCUUAACCGAAAAAGGUAGACUGUGUACUUUGUUUUUUAUGAAUCAAAUGAUAAUAAACAAUGUGACGGCUUGAUUUUUUUUAUGUUGUGUGAUUUAUAUUAUAUUUAGGAGUCUGUAAAUGUCCAUUGUUUAAAAAUAACAAAACAUGUACAGUGGUUAUGAUUAAGAAGUGAUGUUUAAUAUAACAUAUAAAUGAUGAUAGUGAGAGAUUCAUAUACUGUGUUUCACUACUGAAGCAUAAAAAUGGCCAAAAAGUACUUUUAAUAAAAUUAUUAAAAUAAA